AUGAGGAGUUUUACAAAGCGAGAGUUGAUUCGUCCUGGUGACACACGAUUUGCUACGGAAAACCUCACUUUGGAGAGCUUGCUAGAAAGUAAAGCAUCCUUGGAAGAGAUGUUCACUUCUAACAAGUGGAAAAGUUGUAGUUGGGAAAACAGUUCAGAAGGGAAGGCAAUGAAAAAUAUUAUAAUAAGGGAUGCCAACUUCUGGUCUGGUUUGGUAUAUUCACUAAAGGCUACAAAACCUCUAGUUGGUGUCUUAAGGAUUGUAGAUUCAAAAGCAACUCCGGCAAUGGGAUUUAUAUAUGGUGCAGUGGAUAAGGCCAAAGAAGAGAUGGCAAGAAACUUGGACAAUGAAGAACCGAAGUAUAAGGAGAUUUGGGAAAUCAUCGAUGAGAAGAAGGAUGCCCAAAAUGCAGGCUAUUUUCUGAACCCACAAUUUCAGUACGAAGAUGAUGUUUCAAAUCAUCCUGAAAUAAGAAGUGGCCUUUACAACUGUAUGGAGAAACUAUUGCCUAGAGAAGAUGUAGCUAAAGCUCAUAUGGAUCUUGACAAGUAUUUGAAUAGGGAUGGACACUUUGGACGUCUUGAGGCAGAGACAACUAGGAAGUUGAAAACCUAUGGUGAAUAUUCUAAUUAG